AUGUUUCUGCUUCAGCAAGAUGACGGAGCCCUUCAAACGGACGAAGAUUAUUUUUUUGACAGAUACAAGAAGAUUACUCAAACAUGGCGUAAACCAAAAGGAAUUGAUAACAGAGUACGAAGGCGAUUCAAGGGUCAGUAUUUGAUGCCAAACAUCGGUUAUGGUAGUUCCAAGAAGACCAGACACAUUUGCCCUGAUGGUUUCAAGAAGUUCCUUGUGAACAACAUGCGGGAUUUGGAGGUCCUUUUGAUGCAAAAUAGAACAUUUUCUGCUGAAAUUGCGCACAACAUAUCCAGUCGCAAAAGGAAAGAAAUUGUUGAAAGAGCACAGCAGCUGGCCAUUAAAGUGACCAAUCCAAAUGCCAGACUCAGGUCGCAAGAGGACGAGUAAAGUUGAUGAUGAUUGUCAAUUAAAAAGAAAAAAAACUGAACAAGUGGUUUUGCCUGAAUUUUGUUAUCUUUCCAUUUGACAGAUUAAAAAAAAGUGAAGGUGA